AUGCUUAUGCUUGUAGACUCUGGAGCUCAGCCCCUGGUCAACGACGAUGAGACAUUGGCGCUGGCAGUCAAUGGCGAGAUAUACAAUCACCGAAUCAUCAGAAAGGGCCUGAAGGUGCCCUACAACUUUAAGACACACUCAGACUGCGAAGUAGUCAUCCCAUUAUAUAUGGAACAUGGCAUUGAUGCACCCAAGUAUCUUGAUGGCAUGUUCUCCUGGGUCCUCUUCGACAAGAAAGAGAACCGCGUGGUAGCUGCCAGAGACCCCAUUGGUAUCACAAGCUUCUACCAAGGGUGGUCUUCCAAGACACCAGGAGCAGUCUACUUUGCUUCCGAGCUCAAGUCUCUUCAUCCUGUCUGUGACAAGAUCAUCUCUUUUCCUCCAGGCCAUGUCUAUGACUCCAAGACGGAUACAAUGACCAGAUACUUCCAGCCUAAGUGGUGGGAUCCAACCAACGUCCCCUCGGCCCCUGUGAACUACAAAUUGAUCCGCGAAGGUCUUGAGAAAGCCGUGAGGAAACGUCUGAUGGCAGAGGUCCCUUAUGGAGUGCUUCUUUCCGGCGGACUUGACUCCAGUUUGGUUGCUUCGAUCGCUCAGCGUGAGACGCUCAGGAUGCAAGCUGCCCGGAAGGAAUUGCUGCAGAACGGUGCAGCAAACGGCACCAGUCCAAAUGGGACUGACUCCGGCCUUGUUGGAAUCGAUGACACCAACGAGAUCUCGACUGUCAGCACCCUACCACAGCUCAACUCCUUCUCCAUUGGCCUGCCCAACGCCCCCGACACCAAGGCUGCUAUUGAAGUGGCGGAGUUCCUUGGGACCAAGCACCAUGCCCUCACCUUCACCAUUGAAGACGGCCUCAACGCCCUGUCUGAUGUGAUCUACCACCUCGAGUCAUAUGAUGUGACCACCAUCCGCGCCUCGACACCCAUGUAUCUUCUCAGCAGGAAGAUCAAGGGCAUGGGCGUCAAGAUGGUGCUCAGCGGAGAGGGAAGUGAUGAGAUCUUCGGUGGAUACCUGUACUUCCACGCCGCACCAGACAAGGCCGCCUUCCAUACCGAAACCGUCCGCCGCGUCAAGAACUUACAUUUGGCCGAUUGUCUGCGCGCAAACAAGUCCACCUCCGCCUGGGGUGUAGAGGCUCGCGUGCCUUUCUUAGACAAGCAGUUCCUCGAAGACGCCAUGGGUAUUGACCCCGCUGAGAAGAUGAUCAACAAGGAACGGAUUGAGAAAUACAUUCUUCGUAAGGCCUUUGACACCACUGAUGAGCCUGACACGAAGCCGUAUCUUCCCGAGAAGUACCUGUGGCGCCAGAAGGAGCAGUUCAGUGACGGUGUUGGGUAUGGAUGGAUCGAUGCGCUCAAAGACAAUGCCGAGCUGCAUGUCACAGACGAGAUGAUGAAGAACCCCAGGCCUGAAUGGGGAGACGACAUUCCAGAUUCGAAGGAGGCGUACGUCUACCUGAUUUCCGUGCUCCCUCCUUCAUUUGCAAUUGAACUGAUCCCAGCGGACGGUUCGUCUACUCUUCUCUACCCCUUCCAGUUUUCUACCUUGUCCAAUGCUAACAUCAUUGUCCAGGGCCAUCUCCACCCACGUCGCCAAGUACGAGCAGUAAGAAGAAAAGAGUCCUUUGACCAGCUUUUUUUCUCUUCUCUUCUCCUCUGGGGGGGUAUAUCCAUCCUGUCUUUCUCUUCCCCUUUGUUCUUGACUACUUCUUUCUCUUUGUAA